CGCUCUCGCACUGCGUUUUUCUCUCUCCUCUUUCCGUGUUUCAUUUUCUCCCAAACCCUAUUUUCCUGCAGAAUCUUCCACAAGGGACCGAAAGGAGAUUCUGUAACCAUGGCGAACAACUACGAGUACGAAGAUGCGCCGUCGAGCUACGACGAGGCUCACCGGCUCGGCGGUGGUCCCGGUCAGGAUGCCGGGUACGACCCGAACUACGUCCCCGACUCUGUGAAAUCAUUUGUGGUUCACAUGUACAGGCACAUUAGGGAGAAGAAUGUCUAUGAGAUCCACCAGAUGUACGAGACAUCGUUCCAGACAUUGUCGGACCGGCUGUUCAAGGACACUCCUUGGCCAUCUGUCGAGGCCAUUGCUCCUUUUGUGGAUAACGAUCAUGUAUUCUGUCUCCUAUACCGUGAGAUGUGGUUCCGGCACUUGUACGCAAGGUUGUCGCCUACGCCGAAGCAGAGGAUUGAUUCAUAUGAUAACUAUUGCAGCCUAUUUCAGGUGGUCUUGCAUGGGGUGGUGAACAUGCAGCUGCCGAACCAAUGGCUUUGGGAUAUGGUGGAUGAGUUUGUCUACCAGUUCCAGAGCUUCUGUCAGUACAGAGCCAAGAUGAAGAACAAGACGGAGCAGGAAGUUGCAUUGCUGAGACAGUACGAUCAGGCAUGGAAUGUGUAUGGGGUGCUCAACUAUUUGCAAGCUCUUGUUGAAAAGUCUACAAUAGUCCAAAUUCUCGAGCAAGAGAAGGAGGGCCUUGAACAGUUUACUGCCACUGAUGGGUAUGAUUACAGUGGUGGAAGUAACGUGUUGAAGGUUUUGGGAUACUUCAGUAUGGUUGGUCUGUUGCGUGUUCACUGUCUCCUGGGUGAUUACCAUACUGGUCUGAAAUGGUUACAGCCGAUUGACAUCAGUCAGCAAGGUGUUUAUACCAGUGUCAUAGGAUGCCAUAUUGCAGCUAUAUAUCAUUACGGAUUUGCCAAUCUAAUGUUGCGGAGGUAUGUAGAGGCCAUUCGGGAAUUUAACAAGAUUCUCUUGUACAUUUACAAGACGAAGCAGUAUCAUCAAAAAUCUCCGCAGUAUGAACAAAUACUUAAGAAGAAUGAGCAAAUGUAUGCAUUACUUGCAAUUUGCCUCUCGCUCUGCCCUCAAACAAAACUUGUUGAUGAAUCGGUGAACUCUCAGUUGCGAGAAAAGUAUGGUGAAAAGAUGAUGAAGAUGCAAAGGUAUGACGAUGAGGCAUUUGGUUUGUAUGACGAGCUCUUCUCGUAUGCAUGCCCCAAGUUCAUUACCCCCUCGGCACCAAGUUUCAGGGAGCCGCUUGUAAAUUACAAUCAGGAUGCAUACAGGCUUCAGUUGAAGAUGUUUCUUUACGAGGUAAAGCAGCAACAGCUGUUGUCUGGAAUCCGCACGUUCCUGAAAGUCUAUUCCACAAUUUCUCUUGCUAAGCUCGCAAACUACAUGGAAGUCGAUGAACCGACUUUAAGGACAAUCUUGUUGACAUACAAGCACAAAACCCAUGCGGUUGAUUCUGAAGGGAGAGUCAUAAUAUCCAACGCAGACAUUGAUUUCUACAUCAACAAUGACAUGAUCCACGUUGUGGAGUCGAAACCUGUGAAACAUUACGGAGAUUUCUUCUUGCGGCAGGUUGCAAAGCUUGAAGGCGUGAUAAACGACUUGGACCGUGUGAAGCUGGAAUGAUUAUAACGCAACGACAACGUCCAUCUCCAUUCUCUCUCUCUCCCAUUUUGGUGUCCAAACUCUGCUUUACAUUUAUGACCUCUUCUUUUCCUCUGUUCUAUAAACAAAUAGAAAGUUUUUGCAGCUGCUUUAUAUUUGAUCGAACGAAUGCUCUAAGCAUCUUUCUGGAUGUAAGUUAUUGACCUACUACGGGUGCACGAGCCUCAUCUUCACCCCUUCAGUGUUUGGAAA